GUACAUACAUACGUGCCACGAGGUUAGCACCGUUAUUUCGGACUGUAUUUUUUCCAACUUUUUACUUGCUACUCAUAUCACUACAUCACUAACAAAUUAGUUGAUUCGAUAUAUAUUUCUUCGUACAAGACGUUAAAAAUGGUGUUUUAAAGAGCAGUAGAUGAUAAUUUACUAUACUAUUGAGACACAAGAAUACAGAAACAUCGAUAAGUAAAUCCCAAUUUAGACACAUAUCUUGAAGGCAGUGUCAAUUAGAGGGAGAAGUACAUUUUCUUACCUUCGUGACGUUUUUGUAACAAUCAUGGGUUGAAGUGGGUAAUCGUUUGGUACAUAAUCCAGUCAACAAUAUCAUCGCAAAUGGAAGUCAUGCCAGUUAAUCCACUCAGUAUCAUUCUGGUAAAGAGCGAUAGUAAAGGAGACAGAAUGCUCUUCCGUUAUCCACAUGCAGCGAAUCACGAACGCGACUCCAGUCAGUUUACUAACAGAAAAAAUCCCUACUCUUUACUUACCGGAGAUGAUUUAUUACAGAAAUUCUGUGUUUCAAACUACUACAAGGAUAGAAAGUGGAAUUUGUUUCAAGUCCGCACCGCUUCAAACAUCGAACAGCAAUGGAAAUCUUCCUGGUUUUUCGGAUGAUGUCUUAUCCACGUUAUUUGCCGUUAAACCAGAGUUAUGCGAAUUGAAAUUUGAACUGAAAGUGAACAAUGUACGCUUCAUUGGGCAUCCCACUCUUCUUCAAUCUCGAAAAUUAAGAGAAAUCAAUUCAUCGAUGCUGUUUAGUGUGGUAUUUGCUUUAAAUUGUCAAACUAGUCACUGUAUAGUCAGGUGCUACUACGAUUUGAGCAAAAGACUGGGCAUAGCAUUACGACAUGAAGAAAAGAGAUGCGGUUUUCUGACUGAGGAAAUAAAAAUGAUGGCUUCUACUCAUGACGAAGUUGCUGCCAGAUCAGAGGAAGAAAGCGAUUGCGAAGAGUCUCCAUAUGAGGUUAUACUGCAAAAAAGCUUGCUUGCUCGAGAUUUGAAAUCUGUGUUUGAUAGUUUAUGCGCUUCGGGAAUGGUCAAUGUAACAAUAAACAAUUGGAUUCAAGUAAGCUUUUGCUUUCCACAAAAAGUGCAUCAUUCUCAUAAGAAGGGUUUUAUAAUGAAUCCAAGGAUUAUUAAAAGGUGCUUAAACAGUUUAAGGCCAUACCAUGGACUGCUUCUCCUGACAGAACCACUGGAAUUGCUUCAGUCGUUGCCAGCAGACUCGGCUCCUUCCCUGAGACGGCUCAUUCAAAUGUACAAUCCUUUGAAAAGUCUGCAGUCAUUAGCAGCAGACUCUAAUCUAACAUUGGCUCAUAUUUUUGAACUAACUGGACAUUUAGUUUAUUGGGCUAAAGCUACUAUAAUUUAUCCACUUUGUGAGAGCAAUGUUUACGUCAUAUCUCCAGAUGCAGUUGUAACAGCCCAGAUGUUGGAUGAAUUUUCAGAACAGUUUCCUGGACUAUGUUUAUUGCAGGUCCUGAGUGAAUUUUCUUUACCAACAUCAAUUAGUCACAAAUUGAAUCCUUUGAAUCUACCUCAACAACAAUCACAGUUGGUAAAGAUAAUAAUGUGGUUACUCAAGAAUCAUUUUUUAAUACAGUUACAUACUUAUAUACAGUAUAUGCCCACGGAUUAUGGACAAUCAUCUUUGGAAAGUAAUUACCAAGUUACGGAAAAUCCAACUACUUUAGAGGAAAGUGAUGGCAUAUGGAAUCUCAUUGAUACCUCUAGACGAAUGCCAAUGAGUUUUAAGUCAGAAGUAACGGUACCAUCUCACGAACAGGAAAAUUUCUUCAAGUAUCAAGUAGAUAAUUUUACAGUGCCAACCGAUGACAUGAUAUUGAUGGACAAGCUUUGCAGAUUAGGAUAUUUUGACGGUAGCCACCAUUUGGAAGAAAUCAUGUAUUUAGAGAACAUUCGAAGAUCCCAAUUAUUACAAAUACUGGACAAGUUUCGUGAUGUAUUGAUUACGUGUGAAAGCGAAGAUCCAGCUAUUGCGUUGUUUCAUUCUCGUGUAGGUUCCGAAUGAUUUGCAUAUACUGCAAAAUAAUGUAUCUACAUCUGUCACACAAUCAAAGUUAUGGACAAUUCUAACCUCUAGGAGUGAUGUUUGGAACUGGUUCCCAUUUUCUAUUUAUUUUUCUAAAUAAACAGUUGCUCUCUACGA